CGUAGCUGCAGGCCACCGUGCCACCUCCCUCAUGUUUGGAUGUCUUGGGGCCUUUGUUCCACGCCACGAAUCCCACACUUCCUCCAUGCAAAACGAGAAGACACCCUACAAUUCCAAUUUCCAAGUCCCAACCAAUUUCUCCAUUUGGGGCAUUUCGUCGAACACGUAAUAGGACUCAUAUUAGGCAGCAAAGCAAACCAAAUCCUCGCGAUUUCCUGCAACCUUCGUAAAACAACCCAAUUCAACGGUGUUUAACAAUUUUAUACCAUCUCCGUAUGUACGAUUGAAAGUAAUAAUUCAGGAACGGCGAGCUCGUCACCGAGGCAGCGGUUGUCGGCGUCGAUGAGUGCAGAGGCAUCAUCAUCAUCAUCAUCAUCAUCAAGUGAGAUUAAUUUUCAAAAUUCUUCGUCAAUUCAAACGAAUUCGAUGGCUUCUCCUUCGAAUGUCAAUAUGGGUUUCUCGGAAAGGGCGUUAUCAGCCGCCGGGGCCGCGUUUUUGUCCGCCAUCAUAGUCAACCCCCUCGAUGUCGCCAAGACAAGGUUGCAAGCUCAGGCUGCUGGUGUUCCUUUUCAGAAUCUAAGCCACACAUGUUCCUUUGGUACUAACACGAUGUUACCAGAUACAAGAUGUUUUCCAUCAUGCUACCGAUCAGUUCUUGGUGAACCAUCAUGUUCUCCAUAUAAAGGCACUCUAGAUGUCUUCUACAAAGUUAUACGCCAGGAAGGAUUUGGCAGACUUUGGAGGGGUACAACUGCAAGUUUAGCAUUAUCUGUCCCCACAGUGGGCAUCUACUUGCCUUGUUAUGACAUUUUGUGCAAUUUUAUGGAAGAAUAUUCAUCACAAAAUGCACCAAGCAUGACUCCUUAUGUCCCCCUAGUUGCUGGUUCUGUUGCUCGUUCACUUGCUUGUAUUACUUGUUAUCCUAUUGAACUUGCAAGAACCCGUAUGCAGGCGUUUAAAGAUACCCGUCAUGGUAAAAAGCCUCCAGGAGUGUUGAAAACACUCGAUGGGGUAAUCUCCACAAACAGAAGCACGGGUACCCUUGGAAGCUCAUUACAUAGGUUUAGAUUCCUGUGGACUGGGCUUGGGGCCCAAUUAGCACGUGAUGUUCCAUUUUCUGCAAUUUGUUGGGCUACUCUUGAACCUGUGAGGAGACAAAUAUUUGCCAUGUCAGCAGGUGACGUGUCAAGUCCUGUGACUGUUGUUGGUGCAAACUUUUGUGGUGGGUUUGUUGCAGGAUGCCUUGCUGGCGCAUGUACAUGUCCUUUAGACGUUGCCAAAACCCGGCGUCAAAUAGAGAAAGAUCAAGUACGAGCGAUGAAAAUGACCACAAGGCAAACAUUGAUUGAAAUAUGGAGAGAUGGAGGAAUGAAGGGACUAUUCAUGGGAGUUGGGCCACGUGUUGCACGUGCAGGCCCAUCGGUGGGUAUUGUAGUAUCCUUUUAUGAAGUUGUUAAGUAUGUUCUACACAACAGAAAAUAUCAGACAAAGAACUAGAGAACUUGUUAUCAAUUUCUUAACGGAUG